AGCCAGAGGUGGUGGGUCAUGGCAACAUUCCACCUCUAGCCUUAGGUGGAGAAGGACCAUAGAACUUGCUGACUGCUCCCGCGUGUGUACCUCCUCUUUCUUCACCUUCUCCGCAUCCUCUUUCUCCUCCGUCGCUUCCUUGAAAAUAUGAAGUCGCUCCUGGUCCUGGCUGCCACUAUGACCCUGUUGAUGGCCUUUGCUGAUGUACAUGGCGGACACAGUGGCGGCGGACACGGCGGCGGACAUGGCGGCGGACACGGCGGCGGACAUGGCGGCGGACACGGUGGACAUGGGGGCGGACAUGGUGGCUUUGGCGGCGGACACGGAGGUGGACAUUUUGGCUUUGGCGGCGGACACGGCGGCGGACAUGGCGGCGGACACGGUGGACAUGGGGGCGGACAUGGCGGCGGACAUGGCGGACACGGUGGACAUGGGGGCGGACAUGGUGGCUUUGGCGGCGGACACGGACAUAGUGGCUUUGGCGGCGGACACGGAGGUGGACAUUUUGGCUUUGGCGGCGGACACGGACAUAGUGGCUUUGGCGGCGGACACGGACACGGACAUUUUGGCUUUGGCGGCGGACACGGACAUAGUAGCUUUGGCGGUGGUGGCCUUGGACAUGGCGGCGGCGGUCUUGCCCAUAGUGGCCGCGGUGGAUCCCUCUUUGGCCGCGGGCACGUGAACCGCUUCUCGGGCUACACACAAAACCGGCGCCCCGAUAGUGAGGAGGAGCGCCGACAGCUUCUCAAUACACUCCAUGGUCCCCCAGGCUUCAAUUUCCUCGGCUGAACUAUGAAUGGGUGAGUGAGUGAGUGAGUGAGCCAUCCAUCUUCGUAUUUCUAUGCCUUAUCCUCCUUCUAUGUUUUUAUUAUGUUUCUAUUAUUUCAUUUAGCAUUAGUUAGACCUCAUCUUGACUUUGCGGUUCAGUUCUGGUCACCUUACUAUAGAAUGGAUAUCAAAAUGUUAGAAUCGGUGCAGAGGAAGAUGACUAAGAUGAUUCAGGGGUUGAGAAACUUGCCAUACGAGGAAAGACUCAAACAGAUAAACUUGCAUUCUCUAGAAAGGCGAAGGGUGCGUGGAGACAUGAUCGAGGUUUAUAAAUGGAUAAAGGGCUUUAAUAAGGGGGAUAUUCAUAAGGUUUUGUUGGUAAGAGAACCGGGUAGGACACGAAUUAAUGGGUUUAAACUGGAUAAAUUCAGAUUCAAUAGGGACAUGGCAAAAAUUGGUUUACUAACAGGGUGGUGGAUGAGUGGAAUAGGCUUAGCAGUCAUGUGGUUAGUGCCAAUACAAUUGUCACAUUCAAAAAUAGAUUAGAUAAAUUCAAGGACAGCGAUAUUAGGUGGGGUUAGAUACACGGGAGCUUAGAUUCAAAGGAGCUGCCUUGUACACGCCUACCGGCCUCUUGCAGACUCCUACGUUCUUAUGUUCUUAUGUAUUCAGCUCCACCUCUGCUCCUCCUCCUCUUCCUCCUCCUCCUCCUCCUCCUCCUCCUCCUCCUCCAGAAUAACUAAGAAGGAUGAAUCGCCAGUUACUAUUUAUCUUUUUUUUUUUUUAAGUAUUUUUCAUUUAAAUAUUUAUGUUCUUUUAUAUCUUUUUCUCUUGCCAUGACAUAAAAGAUUCACACAAAAAGAAGUGAAUUGGAGUAAGAUUAGUUAAAUGUAUGUCCACGCACUACCAAUAAAAGUGAGAUUGGAAGCAGUUGGUUGGUU